GACACUAAACAUGGCUUGGACAAAGUACCAACUCUUUCUUGCCGGUCUGAUGCUCACCACCGGGUCCAUCAACACGCUAUCGGCCAAGUGGGCUGACAUGUUCUCUGCUCCGGGGUGCAACACCCCCAAACAUCAGUUCUCACACCCCUUCCUGCAGGCUGUGGGCAUGUUUCUUGGGGAGCUGUCCUGUUUGGUCGUUUUCUACCUUGUCCUCUGUCAUGACCGUCGAAAACCAGAACCGACCAUGGACCCAGGUCAGCGGUUCAGCCCGUUUCUCUUCCUGCCUCCAGCCCUCUGUGACAUGUUGGGGACCUCCAUCAUGUAUGUCGCCCUGAACAUGACCAGUGCAUCCAGUUUCCAGAUGCUCCGUGGAGCCGUGAUCAUCUUCACGGGUCUGCUGUCGGUGGCCUUCCUGGGCCGGCGCCUCCAGGCCAGCCAGUGGGUUGGGAUCCUGGUCACCAUCCUGGGACUGGUCAUCGUGGGCCUGGCCGACUUCGUCAGCGACAAGGGCGACGACUCCCACAAGCUCAGCGAGGUCAUCACAGGUGACCUGCUGAUCAUCAUGGCCCAGAUCAUCGUGUCGGUCCAGAUGGUCCUGGAGGAGAAGUUUGUUUACAGACACAAUGUCCAUCCCCUCAAAGCCGUGGGCACCGAAGGUUUCUUCGGGUUCGUCAUCCUCUCCCUCCUCCUCAUCCCCAUGUAUUUCAUCCCUGUGGGUAAUUUUGCUGACAACCCCCGUCAGGUUCUGGAGGACGCCCUGGACGCCUUCUGUCAGAUCGGUCACCAGCCGCUGAUUCUGCUCGCUCUGCUCGGGAACACUGUGAGUAUCGCCUUCUUCAAUUUCGCCGGCAUCAGCGUUACCAAGGAGAUCAGCGCCACCACCCGCAUGGUGCUGGACAGUUUGCGGACGUUGGUGAUCUGGGUGGUGAGUCUGGCCCUGGGCUGGGAGAAGUUCCAUGGCCUGCAGGUCCUGGGCUUCAUCGUCCUGCUGGUGGGCACGGCGCUUUAUAACGGACUGCACCGCCCCCUGCUGGCCAGGCUGCCCUGCCUGAGGGGGAGUCAGCAGGCGGAGGAUGGAGACGACUCAGAGAGACGGGGACUGUUAGGCGAGGACAAAGAAAGCGAGAAUCGUUAAUCUGAAGCACGCCAGUAACCACCACGGACGCGUUCCAAAACUCUAAAAAUAGCAUCACCUCUUCGACCCCUCCCCUUUGUGAGAACUGCUCUUUUUUUUUUUAAGGACUAAAAAAGGCAUUAAGACCAGUGUCUGUGAAGGAAAGGAAGUCAGGGAAAGUGCGGUACGAGUUCUGGAACAAGGCCCUGUGUGUAUUCUCUGGGUCUCCGGUGCCAGUUCCCUGUGGGUCUGACAGCCAUUUUUUCCCUUCUCUUUGUUAAAAAAACACACAGUCUGUGGUCUGUGCGUCAGUUAUGUGUUUAGUCAUGGGUGGGAUGUGUGUUAGUUAUGUGUUAAUGAGUCGGUUUAAGUCUGUGUCUGUUUUUGCCUUUUUUUCUGUCCUG